CCAGCCAAUCCGAGGCAAGGCGAUCCCAUCUCCCUUUUAUAAAUCGGACUGUUUUUUUUUUUGUUGUUGUAGGCGAAUGAAAGGUAACCAUUUGGGAUUGCACAGGACAUUUACUGAAGGCUGUACCAGGGUUUUAAUCCCAUUCUUUACUUGCUAUAAGUUUAAGGCUCAGUGAAAAUGGCCACUUCAGAGAGUGCCAGCUUGAGUAAAGCUGUGAAGCAGCAGUAUAUGGAUCUUCCUCAGGGAGACAAGGUUCAGGCCAUGUACAUCUGGAUAGAUGGGACUGGAGAGGGGCUCCGCUGCAAGACCAGAACUCUGGAUUCCGAACCCAAGGCCAUUGAUGAUCUUCCAGAGUGGAACUUUGAUGGUUCCAGUACGUACCAGUCAGAGGGCUCUAACAGCGACAUGUAUCUGAUCCCUGCUGCUAUGUUCAGAGACCCCUUCAGGAAAGACCCCAACAAACUGGUCCUGUGUCAAGUGCUCAAAUACAACCGCAAGCCUGCAGAAACCAAUCUCCGGCGGAUGUGUAAGAAGAUCAUGGAGAUGGUAGAGAACCAGGUCCCUUGGUUUGGUAUGGAACAGGAAUACACCAUCCUGGGCACAGACGGACAUCCUUUUGGUUGGCCUUCUAACGGCUUCCCUGGUCCCCAAGGUCCCUACUACUGUGGAGUAGGCGCAGACAAGGCGUAUGGUAGAGACAUCGUAGAAGCCCACUACAGGGCCUGUCUUUAUGCCGGGGUUCAGAUAUGUGGCACCAAUGCUGAAGUCAUGCCAGCUCAGUGGGAGUUCCAGGUGGGACCUUGUGAAGGGAUCAACAUGGGAGACCACCUCUGGGCAGCUCGGUUCAUCCUGCACCGGGUCUGUGAGGACUUUGGUGUAGUGGCCUCAUUUGACCCCAAGCCCAUCCCUGGGAACUGGAAUGGUGCUGGCUGCCAUACCAACUUCAGCACCAAGGAGAUGAGAGAAGAUGGUGGGUUGAGGGCCAUUGAGGAGUCGAUCGAGAAGCUGGGAAAGAGACACCGUUACCACAUCUGUGCCUACGACCCCAAAGGGGGGCUGGACAACGCGCGCCGGUUGACCGGUCACCACGAAACGUCCAACAUCCAUGAGUUCUCAGCCGGUGUGGCGAACCGCGGUGCCAGCAUCCGCAUCCCCCGCUCAGUGGGUCAGGACAAGAAGGGCUACUUCGAGGACCGCCGCCCGUCAGCUAACUGCGACCCAUAUGCAGUCACAGAAGCCAUGAUACGCACAUGUUUGCUCAGUGAAGUGGGGGAGGAGCCUACAGAAUACAGCAAAUAAACUAGUUACUCUGUUGGACUGAAAUAAUCCCCUUUCUCUCCUCUUGCGCUACGCCUCAUGAAGUGUCAUUUCCAGUACUGUUUUGUCUGUGGCUUUGGAAACCCCUUGUAUAAAUUGCAAAUCUUGACCAUCCAUUUAGGGCUUACUUUUUAGCCAUUAAAAAAUAUUUUACUUGAGAUGAAUGAGUAUUGAGUAUGAUUGAUGUAUUCUGCUGUGUGUUCAGGGUAGCGUAGUCCCUACCUUUUUUAGCUUGAUCACUGCCAAUAUUGCCAUAAAAUUGAUGCUAAAGAAUGAUUCCAGACAUGUCAGUCGAGGGUGAAAUGUUUCCUAUGUAUAGGUCUAGUUUUGUGUAUCAAUUUGCGACUCAUGUUUAACAUGAUAUACUAACCAAGAUGCUGUAGAUUUAUGACUAUGCCAUCCAUGUGUGGUCUGGCUCGUGUGGUACACAAACCCAAAAGGAUCCAAGGUGCAUCUGUGUUUUUAUACAUGUGUGGAUCUCUAUUGUCUACCAUUUAGUAGAAGUUGUAUCCAGAACCCAUUUUCUUAUUUGGAACAUUAAAAAAUAUUUUUUAAUCUGA